UACAAGGCUGCCUCUCUCCCCGCGCUCGAUGCAUUGCCGCUUUAAACGCGGAAAGGGGCGGGGUCAGCUUGUGUCGUGACGUCACGUGAGCAAGAACACGCUGGUCCUUGUGCCCCCCGGUCAGUCCCCGCGGCGCUGCAGGAGGAGCGAAAGAGGCUACGGGAUCUAGAGCUCAGGGAAAGCCCGAGGCCGCCGAGGCAUUGUACUUUAUCUCCCAGCCCGGGAUCCCCCCCAGCAGCCCCGCAAGCUCCUCCUCCCUCCCCGCCCCCUCCCGGGGAGAGAAACUUGCAGAGCUCCUGGAUCAGACGGCAGUAACACGGAGCAGCGGCACAAGGAACUUUCCCCGGGGUCGGCUCGGCUAUGGCUGCUGGCAGACGAAUGUAGGAGAGUCGGGGGAUGAGCAGGACACACAGGCAUCCAAUGAGCUCCGGGGAUCACGCACCGCUGUGGCUGCUGAACACUAUGUGCGCCCGAUAACCCCCCGGCAGCUUCUCUCUUCUACUCACCGCCCCGAACUUGCACCUCUGCCCCCACCGCGCUCUCCUCUCACUCGUAUCGGCCCGUGGCACUACCCGGUACCCGCAAGCAGCACCCAGCUGGGCUCGGGGCAUUAUGGCGGGGAAAUCAGCUGCUCCUGGGGUCGGGAUCCUGCUCGUUACAGCCAACGUGGGGACCUUGUUUGAUGAUACGGAAAAUUUGCAGAAGAACUGGCUUCGAGAAUUUUAUCAGACUGUCCAUGCACAGAAGCCCCAGUUCUUGUCUUUGCACUGUCAAGAGGUCGGAGGAAAAAAUUAUGAAGCUUCCAUGUCUCACGUGGACAAACUAGUCAAGGACCUGCUCUCCAGCGAUGCAAUGAAAGAAUUCAACAGAGCCCGGGUCUAUCUGGAUGAGAACUACAAGUCCCAGGAAAACUUCACAGCACUGGGAAGCUUCUACUUUCUUCACGAGUCUCUAAAGAACGUAUAUCAAUAUGACUUCAAAGCAAAAAAGUACAGGAAGGUUACUGGCAAAGAGAUCUACUCUGAUACGCUAGAAAGUACCCCAAUGCUAGAAAAGGAGAAGUUUCCCCAAGAGUUUUUCCCAGAGAGUAAAUCAUCUAGGAAAGGCUUUAUCCGAACAAGAUGGUGUAUUACUGACUGUGCCUUCGACUUGGUGAACAUUCAUCUUUUCCACGAUGCUUCCAAUGUAAUUGCUUGGGAAUCCAGCCCAUCUAUCUACUCAGGAAUACGACAGAAGGCUCUUAGUUAUGUACUCAAUAGAUUCUCUGGAAUGCAGAGAGACUUCAAGUCCCAGAAUCCAUCACUUCAACAUGGAACAAGUGUUACAGACCAUCGAUUGGAAAAAGUUCCCUUCUUUGUCUUUGGAGAUUUUAACUUUCGUCUGGAUUUAAAAUCGGUGGUAGAGACACUUUGUGCAAAGACAACAAUGCAGACCAUCCAUGCAGCGGAUACCAAUGCAGUAGACAAGUUGGUUUUCCGAGAAUCAGAAAACGACCACAAGGUCGUGCUACAAAUAGAAAAGAAGUUGUUUGAGUAUUUUAAUCAAGAGGUUUUUAGAGAUAACAAUGGCACUGCGCUUUUAGAAUUUGACAAGGAGCUAUCAGUCUUCAAAGACAGACUGUAUGAACUGGACAUUACGUUUCCCCCCAGUUAUCCCUACAGUGAAGACAGCAGCCAAGGAAAGCAAUACAUGAACACAAGAUGUCCAGCUUGGUGCGACCGGAUUUUAAUGUCCCAUUCGGCUAAGGAGCUACUUUUAAAGUCUGAAAACGACGAGCGAAUCGUGUUGUACGACCACAUUGGGCCAAAUAUCUGCAUGGGAGACCACAAGCCUGUCUUUCUGUCCUUCCGAAUAGCCACCGGGGCAGGUAAAACUAAUGCACAUGUGCACAAGUGUUGUGUCGUGCAGUGAUGUGGUGGGAAAAGAUGCCAGCACAUGGAAAAGAUCUAUCGGGAGACAACUUUGUGAGGACGCCAACAGCGCAGAACAUCGACCUUCCUCAGAAUAAUAAAGCAAAGUCCUUACAGCCACAUUUGUAAAUUGCGGAUCAUCCACUAGGCUUCAAUAUCCCAGCUCCCGACGCGCCUCACAUACCUCACUUUCCUGUGCAGUCGUAAUAUCCAGUAGAAACGUGGACAUUUUGUUUUUAGAUAUCACAGAUGUGUUGUGUAGCCAAAACUCUAUCGGAUCAUGCAUAUCAAUAGACUCGUUCUUGUUUCUGUGAAAACCCAGACAGAAAUAGAAGACCCAAAGUUUACUUCCUCACCCGCCCCACUAUGGUGGCCAUCAACCAGUUGACAUCAAGGUCCAGGAUUCUGGCCUUAAAGAAGCACAACACAAUCAUUAGAGUGAAUGGCAUGAAAUGAAAUUAUAUCCCUAUCUAGACUGACAUUGCUGUUCAGUAGACCUGGGUUUGAUUCCUAACACUUCCAUAGUGGUGGCAUCUCUCCAUCAUCACUUUAGGAGUCUUGGUCUUUAAGGAAGCACAGAGCAAUCUCUAGAGGGAACCUUUAAAUUGCAAUGCUGUCCCCCAUCAUGGGCGAUAGAACUCAGGAAGAGUCCUAUCAAUUAAAUUUUUAAUGCUUACACUUUUUACAGGGUUCCUUGAACACUUUAAACUCUAAUUUAGCAAAGAAAAAGAGUCUGCAGUGUGGGCGGGGGGUUAUAUACAUGGGAUCAUCACGAUAGUGACAGUUGUAAAUGUCUUUUCAUUGUUGACCGAGGCCUGUGUCCCGUGUGUUAGAUUAGACAGGGGUGUAGUGCAAUAAUCUUGAUCAUCGUUAAUGACCGUUUAGAUCAAUAGCCACUGAGCAAUGAUGAUGACGGCUGCCACGCUCUAGAUAAACCCCCCGUUUUGUUUCUUUUAGAAUAUUUUUAUCCGUUCCAUGUUAUCUACUACACUGCCAUGUAACAUGGGGGGGGGGGUUUGUUUUUUUGUUUUUGAAUCACACAGCAGCUGCUUUUCAUUUUUUUUUAUAUGAAUAUAAAUAUAUAUACUUUUUAAAGAAACAAAAAUAAUAAUUUAUAAACCUUACCAAAACCUAUGCUAAGUAUUCCUUCCAGUAUGGGGCUUGAGUGCCAUAUCAGUAACGUGCAUUCAGGAGUAGCAGUUUUAGAUAAACGUUCAUCAGCAACCAAAAUUUAUAUAUAUAUAUAGUCUUUACGUCUUUGUCCUCGAUAGAGCUAUAUCCUCUUCAAUACAAUAAGUAUAUAUAUUAGCAGUUUUCACUUUGUUACUUACUAUAAAUUAUUUCUAUGUGAUAUUAAGGACUGAAUGUGAAGUUUCUAGAUAGGCUUGGGUGUAUCUUUUAAAGGAUUUUUGUAACCUGUUUUGUCAGUCUUUUUGUUAAUGUAUAAUGGUGCCAAGUAUUCUAUAUACGCAGUGAUGACAUGGGAGACAUAGCAUAGAUUAGUUAUUUUCACAUGGACUUUUGUUGAUCAGUGUUUUAGCACGAGGAUGUCCAGCCUGCUGCCGUCUAAUUGUUGUUGAACCACAACCCCGGCAUAACCAGAGGCGGUUAUUCGGAUGAUGCCGGGAGAUCCUAGUUCUUCAGUAUUUGUAGGGCCGGGUCGCAAGUUGGAAGUCUUUGCCUUCGCAUAACCUUUAGCUGUUUGCAGUGAGUCAAAGCUCUAACUUAGCACCGUGCAGAUGAUCUGACCCCCAGAGUAGAACAUUAAAAGGUGAUUAGAGAGUCUGUUGAUAACACAAACGUUUUUUUAUUGAUUGCAUUUAGAACACUACCGAGUUCAUGGACUAUGCGACUAGAAUGACGCUCAAUUUUUUUCGGUUUCAAUCACUACGUUUGGGAAUGAUCUUUCUUUUUGCUUUGGUUAUUUUUUUUUGUCCGCUUGCAGAACAUGCGCUCUUCACGAGCCAUCUGAUAUUAUUCAGCUUGUCUCAAAGAGGAGACUGCUCUGUUCUCGUGCCAUGUCUUUUGUGUAAUCUAAGCACACGGUUGUGUUUCUGUACAUGGAGAUUCCACUCGUGGUUGUGUCUUGAUCACCUUGAGACAACAUGGGCCCUGUGGUUCUCAACUUCAAGCAAUAAAACUGUUCAUUGUGAAA